GUAAAGCAGAAGAGAAUGCAAGAAUUACAUAAUCUUGAAAGUAUAAAAGAAAAAUGGGCUAGUGAAACAGGAUCUGACAACCAACCUCUUAGUGAUAAUCGGCAAACAACUUGUGAAUAUUUUGUCGACAGUCUUUUUGAGGAAGGGCAGAAGGUUGGUGCCAAAUGCCUGUCUCCCACUGAAAAGAAGAAACAGGUAGAUAUAAAUACAAAAUUAUGGAAAAAUGGACUCACGGUUAAUGAUGAUUUCAGAAGUUAUUCAGUUGGUGCAAGCCAGCAGUUUCUGAACUUCAUCAAAAAAGGGGAUUUGUCUUCGGGAUUACAGGGAACAUUUGAUAAGGAGGAGGUGGAUGUAAGAAACAGAAAGUAUGUGUGGCAACGAAACCUGUGUUCCAGCCAUUCUCAGGGCAGGGUCGCUGACUGGGAAGCGCCACACCAAAAAUUUAUUUCUAAAACAAAAAGUACUGAAGUUGAGAAGAAAAAUAAUUUGUCUAUUGUCCCACUAAACAACCUGGAACCCAUCACUAAUAUACAGAUCUGGUUAGCUAGUGGGAUAAGGAUUGUUCAGAAAUGUAAUAUGUCUCAUAGGAUAAGCACAUCAAAGACUUCAUUGAAAAAUACCAAGGAUCUCAAAGAAGUCCUCCCUUUUCCCUGGCCACAGCUCUUCCUUACCCCAGGUUGCUAGAUGAAGUACUCAGGCUGGAAGAAGCGGACUUAUAGAAUG